GCCCCGAGGGGCCCCGAGGAGCCCCGAGGAGCCCGCUCGCCGCCGGAGCUGCCGGGCGCGCUCCGGGGCUCCGAACAGGCCCAGCCCGCCGCGCCCCCGGCCCCGCCCGCGCCGCGGCUCCCGCCCCCUCCCCCGCCCGGCGGCGGCCCCGGCUCCGCGCGCGGCGAACAUGGCGGCGACGGUCGGGCGGGACACCUUACCUGAGCACUGGUCCUACGGCGUGUGCCGGGACGGCCGCGUCUUCUUCGUCAAUGACCAGCUCCGCUGCACGACCUGGCUUCACCCGCGCACCGGGGAGCCCGUCAACUCGGGCCACAUGAUCCGCUCAGACCUGCCCCGCGGCUGGGAGGAGGGCUUCACGGAGGAGGGAGCCAGCUACUUCAUCGACCAUAACCAGCAGACCACAGCGUUCAGGCAUCCUGUGACUGGGCAGUUUUCUCCUGAAAAUAGUGAAUUCAUUCUUCAAGAAGAGCCAAACCCACACAUGUCAAAGCAAGAGAGAAACCAAAGACCGUCCAGCAUGGUCAGCGAGACGUCCACGGCUGGGACCACGUCCACCCUGGAGGCCAAGCCUGGACCCAAGAUCAUGAAGUCCAGCAAUAAAGUACACAGCUUUGGGAAGAGAGAACAGGCCAUUCGAAGAAACCUCAGUGUUCCAGUGGUGGUGCGGGGCUGGCUGCACAAACAGGACAGUUCUGGAAUGAGGCUGUGGAAAAGGAGGUGGUUUGUGCUUGCUGAUUACUGCUUAUUUUACUAUAAAGACAGCCGAGAAGAAGCCGUCCUGGGGAGCAUCCCUCUGCCCAGCUAUGUGAUCUCGCCUGUGGCACCUGAGGAUCGCAUCAGUCGCAAGUACUCCUUUAAGGCGGUGCACACGGGGAUGCGAGCACUCAUCUACAACAGCUCCGCAGGGGGCUCGCAGGCUGAGCAGUCGGGCAUGAGGACCUACUACUUCAGUGCCGACACCCAGGAGGACAUGAACGCGUGGGUCCGGGCCAUGAACCAGGCUGCACAGGUGCUGUCCCGGUCGUCAUUGAAGAGGGAUAUGGAGAAGGAGCGACAGGCGGUCCCCCAGGCCAACCACACAGAGUCCUGUCGAGAGUGUGGUCGUGCAGGCCCUGGACACGCAAGGGAUUGCCCCCACCAGGGCCACGAUGACUCCUUCGGCUUUGAGAGGCCGGAGCAGGAGGAAGAAAGGUACCGUUCCCAGAGGGAGCCGCUGGAGGGCAAGCGAGACCGGAGCAAGGCCAGGUCCCUGUACUCACCUGCCGAAGAAGAUGCCUUGUUUGUGGAUCUACCCAGUGGUCCCAGAGGCCAGCAGGCACAGCCCCAGCGUGCAGAGAAGAAUGGCCUGCUGCCUGCCUCCUACGGCCCUGGAGAGCAGAACGGGACUGGCCCCUACCAGCGGACCUAUCCUUCCAGGACCAACCCUGAGAAGCUCAGCCAGAGAAAGGAGUCCUGGGCGAAGGUACAGAAGGCAGAAGGCAGAAGCCUGACUUUGGACCAGACCUUUCCUCGCCAGGGUCCCAGCCAGUCCCUGUCCUUCCCAGAAAGCUACCAAACUCUCCCCAAGAGCACCCACCAGCCCUCGGGGAGCUCCUCGCCUCCGCCCCGCAACCUGCCCAGUGACUACAAGUAUGCCCAGGACCGAGCCAGCCACCUGAAGAUGUCGAGCGAGGAGCGCCGGGCACACCGGGAUGGCACCGUGUGGCAGCUUUAUGAGUGGCAGCAGCGCCAGCAGUUCCGCCACGGCAGCCCCACAGCACCCAUCUGUGCCGGCUCACCGGAGUUCGCUGACCAGGGUCGGAGCAGAAGCAUGCUGGAGGUGCCCCGCUCUAUCUCCGUCCCUCCUUCGCCCUCGGACAUCCCACCCCCGGGGCCACCCAAGGUCUUUCCGUCCCGGCGGCCACACACACCAGCGGAGAGGGUCACUGUGAAGCCGCCGGACCAGAGAAGGAGUGUGGACAUCUCACUCGGCAGUUCUCCCAGGAAGGCCCGGGGCCACGCCAGCAAGAACUCCUCUCACCUGGACCGCCGCUCCAUGCCCUCCAUGGGUUACAUGACCCACACUGUCAGCGCCCCAAGUUUGCAUGGCAAAUCGGCUGACGAUACCUACCUCCAGCUGAAGAAAGACCUGGAGUACCUGGAUCUAAAGAUGACAGGCCGGGACCUUGUCAAGGAUCGAAGUCUAAAGCCCGUGAAGAUCGCUGAGAGUGACACUGAUGUGAAGCUGAGUGUCUUCUGUGAACAAGACAGGAUCCUCCAGGACUUGGAAGACAAGAUCCGGGCUCUCAAGGAGAAUAAAGACCAGCUGGAGUCGGUGCUGGAGGUGUUACACCGGCAGAUGGAGCAGUACCGAGACCAGCCCCAGCACCUGGAGAAGAUCGCCUACCAGCAGAGGUUGCUUCAGGAGGACCUUGUCCACAUACGGGCUGAGCUCUCCCGGGAGUCCACGGAGAUGGAGAAUGCCUGGAACGAAUACCUGAAGCUGGAGCGCGACGUGGAGCAGCUGAAACAGGCCCUGCAGGAGCAGCACAGAAAAGCCUUCUUCUUCCAGGAGAAAUCGCAGAUCCAGAAAGAUCUGUGGAGGAUCGAAGAUGUCCUUGCAGGUCUGAGUGCAAAUAAAGAGAACUUCAGAAUCCUGGUGGAAUCGGUCAAAAAUCCGGAGAGGAAAACGGUGCCUUUGUUCCCUCACCCGCCUGUGCCUUCACUCUCGGCUGCACCUGUGGAGAGCAAGCCGACCCCGCAGCCCAGCCCUCCCUCCAGCCCCGUGCGGACCCCUCUGGAGGUGCGACUCUUCCCCCAGCUGCAAACCUACGUGCCCUACCGACCUCACCCGCCCCAGCUGAGGAAAGUGACGUCACCCUUGCAGUCACCCACCAAGACCAAGGCUGGCAAUGGCGUUGAAGACGAGGCACCUCCCAGGCCCCCGCUCCCCGAGCUGUACAGCCCUGAGGACCAGCCGCCAGCUGUGCCCCCGCUGCCCAGGGAGGCCACCAUCAUCCGGCAUACCUCCGUGCGGGGCCUCAAGCGGCAGUCGGACGAGAGGAAGCGAGACCGGGAGCUGGGCCAGUGUGUGAACGGGGACUCCAGGGUGGAGCUCCGGUCAUACGUUAGUGAGCCUGAGCUGGCAACCCUUGGCGGGGAUGUGGCCCAGUCCUCGCUGGGACUCGUGGGCCUAGACAACAGGUACCAGACACUGCCGGGCAGAGGACUCUCGGGGUCCACAUCACGGCUGCAGCAGUCAUCCACCAUCGCCCCCUACGUCACGCUCCGGAGGGGCCUCAACGCCGAAAGCAGCAAGGUACCCUCUCCUAGACCCAAGAGUGCCUUGGAGCGCCUGUACUCAGGGGACCAGCAGCGGGGCCGCAUGAGCGCCGAGGAGCAGCUGGAGCGCAUGAAGCGCCACCAGAAGGCCCUGGUCCGCGAGCGCAAGAAGACGUUGAGCCACGGAGAGCGGACUGGCCCUCCUGCGUCGCGCUACCUCAGCCCUCCACUCCCCGGGGACGUGGGCUCAUGGAAGCGUGAGCAGGAGUUUGACCUGCAGCUGCUGGACCGGGCCGUGCAAGGGGAGAGAAAGGACAAGGAGGAGGACGGCUGGCUGAAGGUGCAGGCCACGCCUGUGACCGAGCUGGACCUGGAACCUCAAGACUAUGACCUGGACAUCAGCAGAGAGCUGGCCAAACCGGAGAAGGUCUCCAUCCCGGAGCGCUAUGUAGAGCUGGACCCCGAAGAGCCCCCCAGCCUCGAGGAGCUGCAGGCUCGGUAUCGUAAAGCUGAGAAGAUCCGCAACAUCCUCACCCGGUCAAGUAUGUGCAACCUGCAGCCGCCAUCAGGCCAGGACCGGAGCAGUGUGGCCGACCUGGACUCGCAGCUGCAGGAGCAGGAGCGCAUCAUCAAUAUCUCCUAUGCGCUGGCCUCCGAGGCCUCUCAGCGCAGUAAGCAGGUGGCAGCCCAGGCAGCGGUGGACCCAUGACCUAACGUGUGGAAGAGAAGCCUGGCACAGGGGCCCAGAGGAACGAGCCUCCACAGAGAUCAACCUUCCCUGCCUCCAUGGAGAUCCCUUCCAGCUGGAGGAAGGAACAGCCUACCAACUAAUGGACAGUCUGCCUAGAGCUAGGGCCUCACACACACCCACUUGUUGUAGUUCAGACUCCUUUUCACCUAUGACAGAAGCACUUUGGAUACUGUAACAUACUGACACACUGUAUCUUAGAAUAUGUUUUCUAACAUUCAGCUCAAGGACUGAUUGGCAAGAUGAGGAUGCAGGAUUUUGUAGCUGAACAUAUAGAUUCAGGUACUAUUUGGGUGCGGGUGGGGGGAGAAGGGCAGGCCAAGUUCAUCAGACUCAGGUGGCCUUUGGACUUGAGUGUACUUCCAGUGGAGAGCGUCUCGGGGUCGUCGGUGUGCUGUCCGGGAGACGGGGAAGCUUGGCUGCAGAACGCAGGUGUCCCUGGCGCCACCCGAUGACCGGCUCUGGGUGAUGCCCACCAGGGUGGUGCCACGGCCUUUGGGUGUGGCUCAGGGCAGCAGUGUUUCCAAGAGCUUUGGGUUCCCCAUCCCUGAGAUGCCCUCGGAAAGACAGCCUCAGUUUGCUUUAGUUUUAAGACAUACGUUUUGAAGACCAGAAAAAGCAAAAAAGGGAGGGGUUAGGGGAAGCAACUUGGAUUGGAUCAUAGCAAUAAACUCCACACUAGGGGCAGUUGCCCAGAGCAGCCAGCCAGCCUGUGAUGGCGACUUUUGUUGCCACUCGCAACACCAGGUCAGCUUUCCUAGGCCUGGGGGCUGGUGGCAAGAGGGCAGGCGGUGUGCCCCUGCCUUCUUUGCUGGCCUGCCACCCACAGGGCCACAGUGCCAGGAUGUGACUUCCAGCCCGCAGGGAGCAGGAGGCCGCCAAGCCAGGAGCAGUGUCUGUGGUUCUUGGUUUAAGUCUUCUGGUGAUAUUCUGCAUACGGAGGAAAAACAAAAGCAACCAAACUGCAUUGGGUGGAGCCCCAUUUUACAUGAAAAUGUGUUUUUGACUAUGUUCAGAAAAAAAAAAUCUUGACUCUAUUUAGAAGUUGCUGUCUAUUUUUAACUAACUCCAUAUGCUGCCAGUAUCGACUUCAUGACAUUUGCCAAAAUAAAAUUUUAUUUUUGCCUUUAUAAGAUUUUGUUGGGAAAUGAAAUGAAUAUUUUAUAAGAAAAAUUAAUUUAAAUAACAAUGUAAAGGUUUGCAAAAAAAAAAAACCCACACGUGAUGUCCACAUUAAAAUAUUAACCUGG